AUGAUUUUCGUUGGAAUCGUGCUCGCAGUUUCGCUAGGCACGACCAAGACAUCGCCCGUUCCGGCCAAGGUACUGGCCAAGUACGUGCUCUCGUUACAACCUUCACAUAACCUCGGUGGUGCCGAGGGACUGGAUGAGCCACACGAUCUGGACAUCGCGAAUGGGCUGGAGAGUGCGGAAAGUGUCUACGAACCGGUGCGCUACCGACGACCAGCGUUCCAGGAAGACCCGUAUUACUCAGCCCACCACCAGGAACAACUCCAACAGCAGUACCACCAGAACCAUUACCAACAGCAGCAGCAGCAGCAGCAGCAGCAUCAGCAGCAGCAGCAGCAGCAGCAUCAGUACGACUACCAAGAGCCGGAAGACGAAUCGGACUACGGUGAAGCCGACUCCGAAACGGCCAGUGCGAACCACCAUGCGUACAUGACGACGUACAAGACCGCCACAAGGCACGGGAGCGGCGGUCGUGGAUAUUACAGCAACAGUUACGGUGACAGCGCGGAGGAUGAAGAAACGAGUGCCAGCGAAGAGUCGCCGGCGGUCUACGAACCCAUCCGAUCCCACAAGAGCAAGGGCAAGAAGCACGGUAGUGGCGGUGGCACCGGGUCGUCCUCGUACAGUCACUACACCCACCACCACCAGCAGUCGCCGUCGAAGGGCUCUGGUCACACUUCCUACCAUCCGCAGCUGAUCCAGGCGUACAAGAUCCUGCACGGGAACGGAGGCCGUCUGCCAACUUCGCACGAGGACGACCGUGGAAGUGAAGAGCACCGGUUCCACCACGUAGAAGACGACGAUGACGACGAAGACGAGGACUUCCGGAGUGGCGCAGCCAUCGGGGCGGCAGCGGGAGCCACCGGGUACGGGGCCCCGACCGGGCCACAGGUCAUCCACACGAAGGGCCGCGCCGUGCCGAUCAGUCAGCACGUGGAGAUCGAAACGCCGAUCCCGGUGCCGUACGUGAAGAAAAUCCACGUGCCGAUCCCACAAGAGGUGAAGGUGCGCAUCCCGCACCCAGUCCUGGUGCCAAUCCCGCGGCCCUACCCCGUCCACAUACCGGUCGCGCAGCCGGUCGCAGUGCCCGACAUCAAGGAGAUCACGGUGCCGAUCGAGAAGGUAGUCCCGUACCCGGUCGAGAAGAAAAUCCCCGUUCCGAUCGAGAAGCCCGUUCCGUAUCCGAUCGAAAAGCACGUCCCCGUCUAUCUGCCGCAACCGAUCGCAGUCCGCGUGCCGAUCGUGAAGACGAUCAUCCACAAGGUGAAGCAGCAGACCGCCAGUGGACCGACGCUGCCGCCCGCCGGUGGUUCGUUCUGGUAA